AUGACCAGCGAUGUUGUUAAUAAUGGCAUUGAAGACCGACUGUGGAGGCAAGACACCAUACCGCGCGAAAACCUCGAAGACUUUGCGAAUGAGAGCAAGCACACUGUCAACAAGCCCUUUCCGCUUCUUUGGCUCGAUAUCGGCAACCCCGGGAAGCCGAAAAAGUUCUGUGAUGGUGAUUAUAAGCAGACCGGUAGCGUUGGCCAAGACAGUACCAGAACAGCCGAGCUGCAGAUAUAUCGCGGCAAUGACCGUACGCAGAGUAGCGAUCUGGGAAUGGAAACUGCUCGACACCGAAGCAUAGCGUCAAACUCGAGAUACUUCCAGGUCUCGGAAGAAGUCCGACAAGCCAUCUCCGAGAAGAAGCCCGUCGUAGCAUUGGAAAGCACCAUCUACACUCACGGCUUCCCGUAUCCCGAAAACUUGGCUCUAGCAUCGAGACUGGAAUCGCUUGUCAGGACCAAUGGAGCCGUUCCAGCAACCAUAGGCAUACUGGAAGGCGUGGCACGAGUUGGUCUGCGCACCGAUGAGCUGAGGAGGCUGAUUGCAGAACCGGGCUCACCCGAUCUGCUGAAAGUCUCGAGGCGAGAUCUUGCCUUCGUGCUUGGUCUCAAGAAUUCCCAAGGGAAAUCUUUCAAUGGAGGCACGACGGUCUCCGGCACAAUGGUCUUGGCACACAUGGCCGGCAUCAAGAUCUUUGGCACAGGAGGACUUGGAGGUGUUCACAGAGGGGCAGAACAGACUAUGGAUGUCUCUGCUGACCUUACCGAGCUUGGUCGCACUCCCGUCGCUGUGAUCUCGUCAGGAUGCAAAUCGUUUCUGGAUAUACCCAAGACGCUGGAAUAUCUAGAAACACAAGGCGUGGCUGUGGCGACCUUUGCGGAUGGCAGAACAGGAAAUGUCGACUUCCCUGCUUUCUACACACGUGAAAGUGGAAUUAAGAGCCCGAUGGUGUUGGCAGAUGAAGAGGCUGCUGCGCGUGUAGUCAUGGCUCAGCAGACACUCGGUCUUCAGUCUGGUCUACAUUUUGCCAAUCCGAUACCAGAACAGCAUUCUGUAGCCUUUGAGGUCAUGGAGAAAGCGAUCAACCAGGCGUUGGAAGCAGCCUUGACGGCAGGUGCCACUGGGAAUGCCGCCACGCCAUAUAUACUCGCAAAAAUCAAAGAAAUUACUGGUAGCAAGAGUGUUGAAGCAAAUACAGCACUGGUAGAGGCAAAUGUGGUGAGAGCUGCUAAGGUGGCUGUGGCGCUACAAAGAUUGGAGCAGAACCAGCCAACCGACAUCUUCGUCGCCGGAAGCCUCGCCGUCGACCUCGCAUGCGACUUCACCCCACGCCCCGAUUCAAACCUCCAAUCCCCCGAACUCCAAACCUCCAACCCAGCCCAAAUCGCCCAAUCCCUAGGCGGAGUCGGCCACAACGUCGCCCGCGCCGCGCAUCUACUAGGCGCCAAAGUCCGUCUCUGCAGCGCAGUAGCCGACGACCUAACCGGAAAAUCCGCCCUGGAAGCCCUCACCUUCGCCGAAAUGUCCACAGCCGGAAUCAAAACCCUGCCCACCACCUCCGGCCACCGUACAGCCCAAUACAUCGCCAUAAACGACAAAUCCAAGAAUCUAGUCCUCGCAAUGGCCGAUAUGAGUAUCCUGGAGAAAGUCUCGACCGAAAUAUUCGAAAAGUUCUGGAGACCGCAACUUCACGCUACGAACCCUUCGCAUCUCGUUGUGGACGGGAAUUGGGGGUCGGAAUACUUAUCCCUCUGGCUCUCAUCAACGACGAAAACAUUCGUAUCAUUCGAACCCGUCUCUGCACCCAAAAGCAUCACCCCUUUCCUCCUUCCCCCUAACACCUUAUCAGUCUUUCCAAAUCCUUCAAUCCACCUCACAACCCCCAACACCCACGAACUUGUGAGCAUGCACACCGCCGCUCGUAAGAAUGCUCUCUUCACUCGCCCGGACUGGUGGAAAAUCCUCGAUUCCUUCGGCAUCCCUUCCUCAGGAGCCCGGUCACAACUCUCGUUACUCACAACCCCAAAACUUGUUGAUGAAGGAAUUCCGCAAAUGUGUAUACAAUUACUACCUUUUAUCCCAUGCAUCCUCACCAAACUCGGUUCCGAGGGUGUCUUGUUGACGCAAAUCAUCCCGUCUGGAGAUCCAAGACUUGGAGAUGGAGAGUAUGCGCCUUAUAUCCUAUCCCGAAACCAAAACCAGAACGAGGACCAGGAGGGGAGUGCGGUUGGGGGCGUGUAUAUGCGGUUAUUCCCAGCAAUCGAGAAAGUUCGGGAUGAGGAAGUUGUGAGUGUGAAUGGAGUUGGGGAUACGUUUCUAGGGACUUUGUUGGCUGGGAUGGUGAAGAAGGGAAAGGAGGGGAGGGUAGAGGAUUUUGUGGAUUUUGCGCAGAGGGGAGCGGUUUUGACGUUGAAGAGUCGGGAGAGUGUGAGUCCGGGGUUGGGGACUCUGAGGGCAUUGUUGUGA